UUUCAGGAUCUGCAACCAAAGUGUCACUCCAUCAUCAGUAUUAUUAUUGUCCUUGAGUUCCUGUCGCCGCCGUGAAACCAACGACCUCAUCUUCACUCAACCUUCCCUUGACCAGUGCAAAGGCCCUACCCUCCUUCAAAGGUCUUUCUCAGGUAUUCAAUGCCGCCCACAUAGAUCCCUCACCUAUUGUGACCCUGCCGUCAUGAGUCCACCUUCUUUGCCUGCGGACUCGGAAGUCCCAGGCAAAUCAACCUCAUCUUUACCUUCCACCUCAACCGACCAGCCUGACCUAGCCUUGUCGUCUCCCGAACCCAUUCAUCCUCCUCUAUAUCAUCUGCCUCAAUAUAUGACCGUUGGCUCUGGCGGACAAUCCUCCCACGCCGGUGCCCUGAUGCAACAACUGGAAAACGACUCUGGCUAUGGCAGCAUGCCUGGCGAUGUUCAACAGUCCGGUGGCGAAAUGCGCGCGUGGGAAGAUGAGCUUCUCAGAGACAGGCCCACGCCUGCUCAUACUCCACAGAUCAACGGACAGCCUGCCUCCAUGUCAGACAACGAGAAAAGAGCUCUUGCCAGUCAUGUUCACCAACUCUAUUAUAAUCAAAAUCGAGUCGCUUUAGCCAAAGCGAUUUCCCAGACUGUCGAAAUGUUAAAACAACUACAAGAGAUGAACAGUCAAUGGCCAGCUCAUUAUCCAUCCACACAGAAAACCGACACUAGCGCACCCCCGGCUCGUCCAACUCUUGCCACCGCUCAGUCCACUCGAGAUCAUUCCGAAUUCUCCCUUCAAGACGCCCAAAAGAGACCUCUCCGUCCUGGCGCCGCCAGAAGAUAUGGGACUUCCAUCGGAGAGAUUACCUCUGGCGAAUCAAGCGAACAGCCGAUCAUCAAUAAGACUCCCGAACCACGCCUCAUCACCCCUCAGAUUGCCCAAGAAUUCUCUAUCCUCAAACUCGACCUCAAGGUAGGCGCACUGUCGCAAACAGAGCUGGUGCAUUCUCUCGAGAAAAAGUCCAUCGCGUCGUUGCUUGAUGGAAAGAUCAGUCAGAGCGUGCGCCAUCUUCUGUCAUUGCGGGAUCGGAUAGAAGACACUUCGUCCAAAGUUCUGGUCACUGGAGAUCUCAAUGCUGGAAAGUCGACAUUUUGUAAUGCUCUCUUACGGCGGAAGAUUCUCCCUGAAGACCAGCAGCCCUGCACCAGCAUUUUCUGUGAAGUUCUUGACGCAAGGGAGAAUGGUGGGCUGGAGGAGGUGCACGCCGUGCACAAGGAUGCCAUCUACGAUCGGAACGAUGAAAGCACGUACGACGCUUAUUCCCUGCAAGACUUGGAAAAGAUUGUUGUGGACAAUGAGAAAUAUAUGCAAUGCAAAGUCUACGUCAAGGACAGCAGGACGAUAGAUGAAUCGUUAUUGAACAAUGGCGUUGUCGACAUCGCCCUCAUCGAUGCUCCUGGUUUGAAUGCCGAUUCUGUCAAGACAACCGCGGUCUUCGCCAGGCAGGAAGAAAUCGACGUCGUCGUCUUCGUGGUCUCGGCCGCCAAUCACUUUACUUUGUCUGCCAAGGAGUUCAUCUGGCAGGCAGCUCACGAAAAAGCUUAUAUGUUCAUGGUCGUCAAUGGUUUUGAUAACAUUCGAGACAAAGAGCGCUGUCAGAAACUAAUCCUUGACCAACUAGCUAAAUUGAGCCCGCAGACUUUCAAGGAAGCUCAGGAACUGGUUCACUUUGUCUCGAGCAAUGCUAUUCCUACACUGCCUGGCGGAGGUGGUGGGGACGAUAGCGGAGGCUCUGGCUCUGGCUCCGGUUCGUCCGGAUCGUCACCCCCGGACGAUGGCGAUGAUGGAGACUCCAAGGGCAAAGGCAAGGACAAGGAAAAAAUACAAGAUUUCCAAGUUCUGGAGGCUGCUCUCAGAAGAUUCGUCCUGGAGAAGAGAGCCCGGUCUAAGCUGGCACCAGCAAAGACGUACUUGUUGAACUGUCUGGGCGAUAUGAAUGUCUUGGCCACAGUGAACCGAGACGUGUCACAGGCCGAGCUUGACCGGGUUUCUAAAGAAUUGUCGGAGAUUGAGCCAGAGUUUGAGAAACGCUCUAAGCUUCGAGGCACCAUCUCAGAGCAACUCGAGAAGGAUAUCGAGUCGACGGCAGUCGAAGUAUACGACCACACUCGGUCAACGCUGUCAAGCACGAUUGCCAAUGUGGGCAAAGACGAUCACGGGGUCGAGUAUCCCGGUCUUUUCUCUGCCUUCCAAUAUGCGGAGGAUCUCCGUGUGGCGAUGCUUGACCAAAUCGCUGAAGCAGUGGCCAGUUGCGAGGCCUAUGCACGUACCAAAACCGUUCAGGGAGUCGACAUGGUCAAAUCACUUGGCCUAUUGCACGUGGGCCAGGAUUAUGACAACCUCUCAUUCCAGGCCGACAAAAUGUUCCAACGCCGCAGGGACGCACUGGUGCGUACUGUUGACACGAACGUUGAGCUUUGGGAUUUCUUCGAUGUUGCUGGACUCUGGGAACGGCAAGAGAAGACAGUUGGUACGGGGCUAGCGCUGACGGUGGCCGGCACAGUUGGCUCGCGGGCAAUUGGAGGCGUUGGCUGGGUGGACGGGGCUUUUGGCGCAGCCAAAAUCGCGGGGAGUCAAAACUUGAGACGAAUGUUUGUUCCGGGUGUUGUUGCUGCUGCUAUUGUGGCUGUUGCCUACAUUCUAUCAACAAUACCUCAAAAUCUUCCCCCUCGCCUAGCGUCCAAACUUUCGGCCACGUUGGCUCAGAUGGACUACACGCAUAGCAAUUCAGCACGAAUUGCGGGUGAAGUACGACGAGUACUUCGUUACCCAGCAUCACGGUUGUCCACUGAUCUCCAGUCGGGCGUGGAAGAGCUGAGACAGAAAAAGGAAGACGUGGCCAAGAUUCAGAAGGAAAGCGAAGUCGCAAGAAAAUACUUUAGCAACCUGGUACGAGACUCGAGUGAGACACGUCGACGGGUGUCGGUCAUCGACCUCGAGGGACCUAUUCCUGGAGCAGCUGCGGCAUAUGUUUCUUGACCACCUUAUCUGGACAGGGGUUUGUAAGCUUGAUUUGGUGACGAUGAAACGAAAAGUUGACGCCUGGGACAAUACUGCAUUGAAGCGGACGCAUGAGGAUUUCAAAUCUCCACUUGAUACCAUCGACUGAUGCAGAGCGGUUUAUUGCAAGCAACGCAACUCUUGUUUGUAUAUUGAUUAUGGUAUCUUUGGUAAUGCCGUUGAGCGACGAGUUGUACAUACUGUAAUACUCCCAAUUUCAACAUUUGGUUUUGACAGGGGUCCAUUAGAUUUGUGCCAAUUAAGGAGAGUUUCGUUUCA